UGAUCCUAAUGCUUUACAGACACUUGGACUUGACAAAGUUCACCAUUUCUCUGCAGAGCAAUUGUUGCAGCUGUGGGCAAAAGAGUAGUGCAGAAACUGUGUGAAUAUGGCAUCACAAGAUGACUUUAAAGCAGAUCCAAGGAUCCCAAUACAACAGGUUCACCUCCUGAUUAACAACUUCAGCAUACCAAGAGAAUGCCUCUCCUUACCACCAUCGUCAACACAGCUUCCAUAUUUGUUGGACACACUGCAACUCUGUAUUUUGGGAAUCCUUACCCUUCUCAGCACUUUGUCAGUUGCUCUUUAUGUGGAAGAAGCUUUUUAUCUUAAAAAAAAAGUUCGCUGUCCAGUCAAAAGAAAAUCCUUGCUAUGGAGCAGUGGGGCUCCUAUGGUUAUUUCUGUCUUGACCUGUUUUGGCCUUUGGAUCCCACGGGCCAUUCUGUUUGUGGAUAUUGCAAUUGGCACAUAUUUUGCAACCUGUUUCUACUUCAUAUUGAUGGUCAUUAUAGAAGGUUUUGGUGGAAAGGAUGCACUGGUCAAGAAGAUGGAGAACACUGAUGUUCACAUCAACACUGGGCCCUGCUGCUGCUGUUGCCCCUGCCUACCUCGCAUCAAAUUAACCAAAAAGAAGCUGAAUCUAUUUAUCCUAGGUGUUUUCCAGAUGUCGUUCCUGAAACCAGUCUUCAAUUUUAUUGGUUUGGUUCUCUGGUCUGAUGGGAUCUUUAAUCCAGAUGAUCUCUCAGCUCGUAGCAUUGCUCUCUGGAUGAACACAAUGCUUGGAUUUUGUACCGUUAUGGCCCUGUGGCCCAUUGGUAUUCUGUUCCGUGAAGCCAAAAUCCACUUGGCUGAACAGAACAUAGGGAAGAAAUUUGCAAUUUUCCAGAUCCUCCUCAUCCUGACUACUGUACAGAACUCAAUCUUUAAUAUCUUGGCCAACUCUGGACAGAUUCCAUGCGUCCGACCAUAUGCAUUUAAAGCCAGAUCUCAAAUGAUGAACAACCAUUUAUUGAUCAUAGAAACGUUCCUCCUUGCUGUUUUGGCCAGAUUUGCCUACAGGAAGAGGGAUGACGAAGUAGGAUACACCCUUAAACCACUGGCCGUGUGAUCCAGAAACAGGCUUACUCGUUUUAAUAAACACUGCACAUUGGACUGUACUGGAAUACAUUGUAGAUUCCUCUGGGAGUUUGUGCAUAGAUUACGGAGCGCACAGCUGUGUGUCUCUAUCCAUACGUCAUGCUGGAUCUAUCCUAUACAUACCACACCCCAAGGCUGUUAUUGUUAUUAACAUUUGUUUUGCUUACUUCCAUUCCCAAUUACAACUAAAAUGUAUUUUGCACUCUCCAUUAUAGAAGACAAAAAUAAAAAACGACAAAUAAGAAUGGUAUUUGGCCCAAAAA